AUGGGUAAUUUGCUGAUAAAUACUCAUUAUGAUGAGGAACCACCAAAAGGAACGACAGAAUGGUUUAAGAUUGUAAUGAAUGAUGUAGUAUUAUCAGUAGAUGAAUCUGAUGAAUUGAUGCAUAGUUUAAAAUCAUUCAGAACAAUUAUUUCAGACGAAUUGAUUAGAAAAACUAUUGAUCUUUGUAAAAUGCCUAAAAUCCCAACUUAUUCACUUCUAAAUAGCACAGUCAUCAUGUGGGGUAUUAUGGUCAACAUUAUAGUUGUGAUCAUCAUGGUCCAGGUAUGGAAAGAGUACAAGGUUCAGUGUCAAUGUUACAAAAUCAUAUCUGUGUUGACUGGACAUUUCAAAGUUGCACAAAAAAAGACCAAGCCAGUCUGAUUUAGAUUUAAAUAGUAACAAAGAUAGAUCUCAAAUCAUUUGAAAAAUGAUAGUAACAAUGAAGAUGAUCAGAUCCAAUUAGUUUUUACCAUUUCUUGCGUUCAAGGUUUUUAAACUGCUCAAGAAUUAUUACUUUGGAUCCUCAAUAAUCAAUUAUCUCAUUAGAAUUGAAUUCUUAUCAUUCAACUUGGGUCCAAUGGUUU